AUGUCUUCCAAUCAAGCCCGAGAUGAGUUCGAGGAAGCUGGGAGUUAUGCUCAAGCUUCUGUACAGCGAGCCACGUCUAGUAGUAGUAGGAUGCCCAUGUCUAGUGGUUGGGAAGAGGCAAAGGCGGCCUUUUUAGAAAUAAUAGAUGGAUGGUUUGUUCCAGUAGAUAAACCUAGAAAAUAUGGGGCUAAAGAGUUUAGGGCUACAAUUGACGAUGACCUAGAACAGGCUGAGUUUUGGCUUAAGAAUACUUUGAGAGUUCUUGAUGAAUUGUCUUGUACCCCCGAAGAAUGCUUGAAGUGCGCAGUAUCUCUACUGAAAGACACUGCAUACAACUGGUGGAAAACUAUAUCCUCAAAGAGAAAGGAAUUUCUAGAGCUUAAGCAAGGGGAAUGGACUGUGUCGGAAUACAAACGGGAGUUUGUCCGACUGAGCCAAUAUGCGCAAGAGUGGGUCCAGAAUGAAGCGAAAAUGUGCAAACGCUUCAAGGAAGGACUAAACGAAUAUGCUAAACCAUUGAUUGGGAUCCUAGAAAUAAGAGAGUUCGUUGUGUUAGCCGAUAGAGCCAAGAAAGCUGAAAAGCUAAGUAAUGAAAAGAAACAAGCGGAGAGGAAAGCUCAAGUUCCAGCAAGAGAUUCAUGGGAAAGACGUAUACAUCUCCUACAAAGAAAUCGAGAAGUCAUCAAGAACGCUCCAAUUUAUCAGUGGGACAUUCGAUUAAAGUAA